AUGGAGGCGCAGCCGCGGGAGAUCGACGCGCAUCCAUCUUCCUCGGCGCCGGCGGCCGCUGCUUCCUCGUCCUCGUCGCUCACGGAGAGCGCCGUCGUGCAAGUAAUGGCCAACAGGACAUGUUCUGCUUCUGCCUCCUCACUCUUUGCUUCAUCUCGGCCACAAGGAUGGGCAGAGCUCCCGGACGACCUGCUCCGACCCAUUGUCGCUCUACUACGCUCGUUCCGUGACCUCCUCGCCUUCGGUACCACUUGUCGUCAUUGGUGCGAUCUCUUCUCAGCGCACAGGUCCUCUGUCCAGCCUCUGCUCCUCCACCCCAAUCUCCGUACCAACGGUGGACAGACUCUCUCGCAUAACUGUUGGAUCUUAUUCCACAAAUGCACAUGGAGAUUGGCUGACCCUGCUGCCACCUCAUCCUCUCGCGGUUUUCUUUCCUUGAGUGACCUCAGAAGCAUGACCUUUGUGCGCUACUCCCAUGGUCAGCUCAUCUUCUACGACAACAAUGGGUUCCAUAUUGUUAAUCCGUUAAGUGGCACUAAGGUUGGUCCUCCUUCCCUCCAGUCAGUUCACUUCACUUGCAUCAGCUAUGUCACUUUAACUGCCCCUGUUGCAUCCACUGAUUCGCAUCUCCUUGUUGGUGCUGGAGCCUAUCUGUUCCUGUGGCGCAUCGGGAGCGACUCAUGGACAAAACACAGUCCUAAAGUUGGUCGUUUUUCCAUUGAACAAAAUGUGGCCUUCAAGGGCAAGACAUAUGCCCUAGGGUCUUUCGGGUGGUUCUACAUCAUUCACUUGUCACCCAGUCUCAUUGUUGAGAAGUUUAAAGUUGUGUUCGAGGAAGAUAAAACCGAAGAUCUCUAUUCGGCAAAUGAAAAAGCAUGGCUAGUGGUGUGUGGUGACACGCUUCUCUUGAUCAAACUUGUGGAGGCGGGAAGACUGAUGCGCUCGGAGGCCUUCCAGUUCAUGGCCUUCAAGCUUGAGUCAUUGGACACCAUGACCAAGAAGGCAAGGUGGGUGAAAGUGAACAAGUUAGAUAACUGGGCCAUCUUUAUCAGCGUUGACGAGCGGUGCGAGGCGUUGUCGUGCAUGAACCCGGAGGGAUGGGGAGGAAGGAGCAACCACAUAUACUUCCCAAGUUAUCAGUCUGAAAAACCUUGGGCUGCAGUCCAACUACGGAAAAAAUGUUAUUACCAUUCGACACAGCUCUUCAACACUGGAAGACGUUACCUGAAAUUGGAGUCAACCUGGGUCUUCCCCACGCGUUUCCUUGUUACGUCCUGCGAUGAUCUUACGGCCGUGAGUGCGGUUGGUGGGAGGAUUCUACUAUGUUGCAGUGAUUCUACUAUGUUUCCUUGUUACCGUGAUUAG